AUGCGGGUUCGCCUGGGCACCCUGGCGCGCGCGGCGGCGCUCACCGGGGCGCUCAGCUUUGUGCUGCUGGCGGCCGCCAUCGGCACCGACUUCUGGUACAUUAUCGACACGGAGCGGCUGGAGAAGGGCGGAGCGGGCGCGCAGGAUGUGCCAGGGGCCGCCAACCGCAGCCAGCCCGAGCCCCUGAGCUCCCAUUCCGGACUCUGGCGGACCUGUCGGGUUCAGAGCCCGUGCACGCCGCUGAUGAACCCCUUCUGGCAGGAGAAUGUGACAAUGAGCGACUCGAGCCGGCAACUUCUCGCCAUGCAUGGAACAUUUGUGAUCCUGCUGCCACUCAGCCUCAUCCUGAUGGUCUGCGGGGGCAUGACGGGUUUUCUGAGCUUCCUCCUCCGAGCUGGCCUCCUGCUCCUGCUCACAGGGGCACUCUUCCUCCUUGGAGCCUCGGUCACACUCACCGGCAUCAGCGUGUACAUCGCCUACUCGGCCGCAGCCUUCCGGGAGGCACUGUGUCAGCUGGAGGAGAAGGCGCUGCUGGAGCAAGUGGACAUCCGCUUCGGCUGGUCCCUGGCUCUGGGCUGGGUCAGUUUCGUCGCCGAGCUGCUCACCGGGGCAUCCUUUCUGGCAGCCGCCCGUGUGCUCAGGCUGAAGCAGAGACAGGACCAGGCCGUCUGA